CAUGCCCAAACUUAUUGAGUUGACUAUAGAAAUUGAAGUUCAAAAGGUAAAACAAAAUUAAAUAGAUAUAACAACAUCUAUAGUUCAUUUCACUCACGAAAGUUUGCCGCGAUUUACAAAAAUAGUGUCUUGCCCUGGAGUGUGGUUGUGCCAGGAUGGCCGGGUGUCCCUCACCGUAUUCGCCCUGGGCACUAGUUACCAGACCUGUUACUUGCCGCCAAUCUUUCCACUUGCAUUCCGGGAUGUGUUUUAUUUCCGGAAGAGGUUUCAGGAGAGUUGUGCGUUAAACAACAUUUGCUGUCUGCUCAGUUAAGUAUAUUUUAAAUAUGCUUUAUUUAUGUUUAGUACACCAAGGUCUUUCAGAGAUGAGGUCACUCAUGGGAAACCAUAGGGAUAACAUGGACAGAAAUAAAAAAACAAACUAUUUGGAUAUUGCAGAGGAUGAAAUAAUAUACUGCGAGCUGGUGCAGUGGAGCGAGAGCUGCGCCCAGGGUCGCUGCGUCACGCUGGCGCAGUACCUGGGCGCGCUCGGCGACGUGCUGUUCCCGCCCCAGAUGUGCUCCUCGGACGGCGUGGACCUGCUCAUGCGCCGGGCCGAGCACUUCCCGGUGAGUGUUGUGUUGUGUCACGCUCGUCACUGCGAGAGCCGCGCCCAGGGCCGCUGCGUCACGCUGGCGCUGUACCUGGGCGCGCUCGGCGACGUGCUGUUCCCGCCCCAGAUGUGCUCCUCGGACGGCGUGGACCUGCUCAUGCGCCGGGCCGAGCACUUCCCGGGUAUACUCUCACCUAAGAUAGAGAUAUCAACAAAAGUGCGUAUAGAUGAAGUAUGGAACACAUGUUUAGCAAACAACAGCAUCAGCAAAAUAAUGGAGACUUGCCACUGCCCCAAUGAGUCGGAGGGAUCGCGACAAAAACAAGUUUGCCAUUCUUCGCAGUACCACAGGAGCAAAUGCAACCAGAAGUCGUUGUCUCGGUCCAAAAUCCGCUCGCACUCGGUCGGCUCGCGCUCGGCUCGCAGCGCGGACUCCGACGCGCCGUGUGCGCGCGCGCGAGCUACAUCGAAGCCCCAGUCGCCAACCGCCUGUGCGGGGCGCCGCACGCUCGCGCGCCCGUGUCGCCAGUACACCGUGUGCCCCGUCACCACCUGCGACACCUACUGGCGGGGCGACGCGCACGAGCGCAGCCCGCACGAUGACGUCAGGUGACUGUUCGUACAUUGUAACUGCGCGGGGCGCCGCACGCUCGCGCGCCCGUGUCGCCAGUACACCGUGUGCCCCGUCACCACCUGCGACACCUACUGGCGGGGCGACGCGCAGGAGCGCAGCCCGCACGAUGACGUCAGGUGACUGUUCGUACAUUGUAACUGCGCGGGGCGCCGCACGCUCGCGCGCCCGUGUCGCCAGUACACCGUGUGCCCCGUCACCACCUGCGACACCUACUGGCGGGGCGACGCGCACGAGCGCAGCCCGCACGAUGACGUCAGGUGACUGUUCGUACAUUGUAACUGCGCGGGGCGCCGCACGCUCGCGCGCCCGUGUCGCCAGUACACCGUGUGCCCCGUCACCACCUGCGACACCUACUGGCGGGGCGACGCGCACGAGCGCAGCCCGCACGAUGACGUCAGGUGACUGUUCGUACAUUGUAACUGCGCGGGGCGCCGCACGCUCGCGCGCCCGUGUCGCCAGUACACCGUGUGCCCCGUCACCACCUGCGACACCUACUGGCGGGGCGACGCGCACGAGCGCAGCCCGCACGAUGACGUCAGGUGACUGUUCGUACAUUGUAACUGCGCGGGGCGCCGCACGCUCGCGCGCCCGUGUCGCCAGUACACCGUGUGCCCCGUCACCACCUGCGACACCUACUGGCGGGGCGACGCGCACGAGCGCAGCCCGCACGAUGACGUCAGGUGACUGUUCGUACAUUGUAACUGCGCGGGGCGCCGCACGCUCGCGCGCCCGUGUCGCCAGUACACCGUGUGCCCCGUCACCACCUGCGACACCUACUGGCGGGGCGACGCGCACGAGCGCAGCCCGCACGAUGACGUCAGAAUCGACGAUUCGAGCUCUUCAUCGAAGGACAUACACAAGCUGCUGCUCGAGAGCCGGUACGUAGACCCCGCGCCGCCGACACGCGCCCGCCCGCCGACUGCGUGCGUGUGUGACAUAUGUCGGAAGUAUCACGAAUUGUUCCAUGCGAAUGAACAAAGCUGAUUGACGUCAUGAAUGUUGUUUAGAAAAAUCUUUGGUAGGCAAUGGAAUAAAAAAUAUUAUAUUUUUUUAUUGAAUUUUUCUUAAUUUAUUAAAUGGAUUUUAAUAUUAAAAGUCAACUAUUGUUAUACUGCGCUGUACCUCUUUGUUUAAAUGAAUAUUUAUUUAUUUGUUCACAGUGUACA